AUGGCAUCCCGCUCACCAUCUUCAUUUAGCGAUUCUACUUCCACCACCCAGUCCGACGUAGAUUCGUUGCUCUCCGCUGAGUUCUAUACUGGCCGCACAUCAAGACCAUGCACCCAGAAUAAUAUCAUGUUUCCCUACGCCGGUUACUAUCAAUGGCCCGCUGCGCCAAAGCAAAUGCACGCCCAUCCUCACAUAAUGCAACCUUCCCCUCAACACUCACCAAUUGGCAUCAACGACUCCCUCCAUGAACAACAUUUCGACUCUUCCAUGAUGAACCCUCAGGCCAACGCCGAGCUUCUAGCUCUUCUCUCCUCCUCUUCAUACCCUCUCCAAGAAUCAAUGUACCGUGAAAUGCCACAUGAUUUCGAGCCCAUCGAGACGCAAAAAUGGGGCGGCUACACCAUAGAGCCGCAGCACCCAGCGCGAACCCAGUUCACACCCGCGCAAAGCCGCUCAUCUGCCGAACAAGAAGAGCCGGCGCAGUCUAAGUCAAAGUCAUCUCGGAAAAGCGAUGCCUCGAGCACCGUAAGCCAAACUAAAUCACAAAAGAAGCGAGGACGGCCACGGAUGGCCGUGGACGGGGUUCUCGACGAUCAACCAGAAGAGCGACGGCGCGCCCAAAUCCGCAUCGCCCAACGAGCCUACCGCUACCGCGCGCGAGAAACCCUCGUUAAGAAUAAAGCGCGGGUGGAGAAGUUGGAGGAUACAAUUAAGCAGAUGGAGCAAACCAUCCUACAAUUCGGAGAGCAGCUGAAGGGUUCAGGAGUUUACCGCGACGGCAAUCUGCAAAGCGACUUGCGAAAGAUGACCGAGACAUGCCAGGCUCUAGCAGCAGAUGCACUAUCACAGGCACCGCAGGAUCCUGAACCUAUUUCUCCCGAAGCGGAAUGA